AUGAAAUUCUUCGAUGUCGCCGUCACAUUCACGGCAGACCAAUUCCAAGGCAUCUACCGAGGAAAGCAAUAUCACGAACCAGAUUUUGCAGAAGUCCUGAAAAGAGCCCGAGAACAUGGAUGUGAAAGGACCAUGCUCACCACCAUGACUCUAGAGGGCGCAAAACAAAAUUUGCAGGCAGUGAGGGAGUUCCCCGCGAUGUGCAAAAUGACCUUAGGCGUGCAUCCGUACCAUGCCGCCGAGAUCUAUGGACAGCCAGAGUCCCAAUAUCUGAAUGAGCUGCGCGAACUAGGUGAAACGCUCCUAGCUGAGAGUCCCUCGCCUUUGGCUGCGUUUGGGGAAAUCGGGUUGGACUAUGAGUACCUGGAUCGGGCCGAUAAGGAAACGCAGCAACGCGCAUUCCGCGACCAAUUAGAGCUGGCCGUGCAAUUCCAGUUACCGUUGUUCUUGCAUGUUCGUGAGUCAGCCAAAGAUUUUAUUUCCAUCAUCAAGCCUUUUCUGCCAAGACUGUCGCGUGGUGGAUUGGUGCAUUCUUUUGCAGGGACGAAGGGGGAGAUGCUCCAGCUCGUGGAACUGGGUCUUGACAUUAGUGUCAACGGUAUCUCAUUCCGGACAGAUGAACAGUUGGAAAUGGUCAGAAAUAUUCCAUUGAACAAGUUGCAACUGGAGACUGAUGCGCCAUGGUGCGAGGUCUUGUCUAAUGACCCCAAAAUCGCGGGUUAUCUGGAAACUGCGAAGCCGUUGCCGGCGAGUCGGAAACAUAACAAGUUUGUACUAGGCCAGAUGGUCAAGACACGGAAUGAAAGUUGUACUAUAGAGCGUGUCGGGUUGGUUGUAGCCGGUUUGAAGGGUGUCGCUAUGGAAGAAGUGGCUGAGGCCGCUUGGAACAAUAGCAGUCGGAUGUUUUGGUUUGUUUAUCGAAGUCAAUAUACAAACUUUGCAAAGACGUUAAACACAUCAAUCACAAUGAAGGGCACAUUGAUCCUCUCUGGUCUUCUGGCCACCACUGUCUCGGCUCACAUGCAGUUGAACAAGCCUUACCCUAUCCGCAGUCCCUUAAACAAGGAUGCCAAGGGCGAGAAGGAUUAUUCUUACACCAACCCUCUCUCCACCUCGGGUAGCGAUUACCCAUGCAAAGGAUAUGCCAAUGAUGCCUUUGAGGCUGUGGAUACAUGGCAACCAGGCUCCACCCAAGAGAUGUCGUUGGAAGGCAGUGCCACCCAUGACGGCGGCUCAUGCCAGCUCUCCCUGACUUAUGACAAGGGUAAGACAUUCAAGGUCAUUGAGUCGAUCGAGGGUGACUGCCCUAUUGCUAAGAAGUACCAAUUUGAUGUCCCCUCGGACGCACCCACCGGUGAUGCUCUGUUCGCUUGGACCUGGUUCAACAAGGUCGGCAACCGCGAGAUGUACAUGAACUGUGCCAUGAUCACAAUUGGUGGUUCCAGCAACCACACCGUUGUCGACUCCGAGGGCCGUGUGGCUAAGGAGACCCCAAAGCAGGCGCUCAGCCAGAAGACCCAUACCCACACUACGAACGCGAAGAGCAGCUUCGAUAGUCUCCCUGAUCUCUUCAUUGCCAACGCCAACCAGGCUGGCAAGUGUGUGACCGUCGAGGGCCAGGCUGUUCACUUCCCCAAGCCCGGUCCCAAACUGAUCGGCAAGGCCGAUGGCCCUGGCUACAAGUGCGCCGACCAUGCUCCCUUCCUGGACGACAGCUCUGAUUCCGCGACGAAGUCAUCCAAUACCAGCACCUCUACCUCCGCCACCUCCACUACUUCCACCACCCCCAAGUCCGAGAAAAAGCCUGCUGUCAUCAGCACCUCCUCAUUCACCACGAAGGCGAUUUCCAAGAUCGCCCAGGCCCUCGCCACUCCUUCUGUCGCAGCUGACUCCCGUGUGCAAUCUGCCGAGGACUCAUCCAACAACCAGUUUGUCGACCAUGUCGGUCAAUGGUCUUGCCACUCUGGGGAAAUUCUUUGCUCCCCAGAUGGGUUGACCUUUGCCAUGUGCACUAACGGCAAGCCCAUCUUCAUGGGAUCCGUCGCUGCUGGUACUAUUUGCCGUUGGGGAGCUAUCACUGCUCGCCAGUAA